CGCGGGCCGGGCCAGGGGGCGCCUCGCUCGGCAGCGGCUCGCGAGUGCGAUGCAGUGAGGCAGGACGGGCGGGCGCGCUGGGCUGGGGACACGGCUGCGCUGCAGAGAUGUGACUCGGGCCGAGGGCCAGCAGGAGCAUCGGCGCUGCGGGGCCGCGGGGGUCGAGAGAAAGAUGAGAACCCACCAGGUGCUGGCUUUCCUCCUGCUCUUCGUGAUUGCCUCCGGGGCCUCUGAGAACACCAGCACGUCCCGGGGCUGCGGGCUGGACCUUCUCCCUCAGUACGUGUCCCUGUGCGACCUGGACACCAUCUGGGGCAUCGUGGUGGAGGCGGUGGCGGGGGCGGGCGCCCUGAUCACACUGCUCCUGACGCUCGUCCUCCUGGUGCGCCUGCCGUUCAUCAAGGACAAGGAGAAGAAGGACCCCGUGGGCCUCCACUUCCUCUUCCUCCUGGGCACCCUGGGCCUCUUUGGCCUGACGUUCGCCUUCAUCAUCCGGGAGGAUGAGACCAUCUGCUCCGUCCGCCGGUUCCUCUGGGGCGUCCUCUUCGCGCUCUGCUUCUCCUGUCUGCUGAGCCAGGCGUGGCGCGUGCGGAGGCUGGUGCGCCACGGCAAGAGCCCGUCGGGCUGGCAGCUGGUGGGCGUGGCCCUGUGCCUGAUGCUCGUGCAGGUCAUCAUCGCCAUCGAGUGGCUGGUGCUGACCGUGCUGCGUGACGAGAAGCCGGCCUGUGCCUACGAGCCGAUGGACUUCGCGAUGGCCCUCAUCUACGACAUGGUACUGCUCGUGGCCACCCUGGGGCUGGCCCUCUUCACGCUGUGUGGCAAGUUCAAGAAGUGGAAGCAGAACGGGGUCUGCAUCCUGGUCACGGCCUUCCUCUCCGUGCUCAUCUGGGUGGCCUGGAUGACCAUGUACCUCUUCGGCAAUGCGGAGCUGCGGCAGGGAGACGCCUGGGGAGACCCCACCUUGGCCAUCACGCUGGUGGCCAGUGGCUGGGUCUUCGUCAUCUUCCAUGCCAUCCCGGAGAUCCACUGCACCAUCCUGCCCGCCCCGCAGGAGAACACACCCAACUACUUCGACACGUCGCAGCCGAGGAUGCGGGAGACGGCGUUUGAGGAGGACGUGCAGCUGCCGCGGACCUACAUGGAAAACAAGGCUUUCUCGAUGGACGAACACAAUGCAGCUCUCCGAACAGGAUUUCGCAAUGGCAGCUUGGGAAACAGACCCAGCGCUCCGUUCAGAAGUAACGUGUAUCAGCCAACGGAGAUGGCGGUUGUGCUCAACGGGGGGACUAUCCCAACUGCUCCGCCAAGUUACACUGGAAGACACCUCUGGUGAAAGACUUUAAGUUCCAGAGAAUAAGAAUCUCUCUUACCGAUUUUAUUCCCUGGCCGUGUCUUUCUUGAGGGAGAAAUCAGUAACAGUAGCUGAACAAGGCCGCCUCGCAGCCAGGAGAUUUGGAAAUCCUAGACAAGGGGAUUUUGUGUAAAUGUGAACACUGCUGAACUGAAAAAGCUAACACCGACUGCCCUCCCCUCCCCUGCCCCUCACACACACACACACACACACACACACACACACACACACACCUAAUACCAAACCAACCUCAAACCCUGCAAACUAAAGCAAAGCUAAUUGCAAAUAGGAUUAGGCUCAUUCGAACAUGUGGCUGGGAAGACUGCUUCAUCCUCUGGGUGUAGAACAGAACCAAGUUCACAGCCAGUGGGCCAGGCUGAUGUUGGUUGAACAUGGAGAUCCCACACCAUUGCCCCUCCCCAGCAAGUGCUGGACCUCAGGCAGCCUCUUGGAGAUGACCAUUUCACUGAGGAGGAGGAUGAAUUGUGGCUUUCCCACAGGCCUGCCUCUUGGUUUUCACAUUUCAGGGGGGUCAGGAGCAGUUAAGGAGAUUGUGAGUGUGAUUCCGAGGCGAGGCCCAACCGAAUCAUGGGGAGAGCUUUAAAAGCAGUGGUGGAGGGAGCCUGCCACGUGCCAAAGAAGAAAAGGCUGUCUGGGAGUUGAAGGGACCAUCACACUUAGAAAGUGGCAGCCAGCCACUGUUCCUUCUCUGGGCCUCUUGCUCUGCCGUUGAUGGCAGGAAGCAAGCAUGCCUCCUUCUGCGGGGCAGUUUCUGGCUGGGGCAGCCAUCUCUCCCCUGAUCACCUCUCCCUCUUCCCUCCUCAUGAGUCUUCCUCCAGCCCUUCCCCAGUUCUAUCCCCAUGUCCAUUUCAAAAGCUCAAACGGGGCCACCAGCUCAAAGUGCACUAGCUUGGCCAGGAGGCCAAUGCCACAGCAGAUUUUCCAUGAUGCUGUCACCUGGCAGGGGUGCCUCAGGGUGGAGAGGUAACGCCUGCUGCCUAGCAAGCAGUGAGUUCUUGGGUCUUCUAUGCGGAUGUAGUGAAAGGUCCAGGGUGGGGUGGAGCACGUGAGGGUUUCUUGCUGCUUUGGGGAGGGUAUGGGGGACAUUUUUGUCUUGGUUUUCUGCAAGUUCCAUGAAAAUGGUUCUCUUCAAAGCCCAUUGUUUCUGUCAUGGUUUCCGUCUGUCCUCAGCAAGUCAUUCCUUUAUUUGGCAUUUCGAACAUCUCGGCCAUUAAAAGCCCCAUGUUCUCUGCACUGUUUGGCCAGUAUAAUCGCUAGCAAUGAUUCAAAGCAAAGAGUUUUAACCUGACGGCAUGGAAUGUAUAAAUGAGGGUAGGUCCUUUUGCAUAUACUCUAAUCACUGUAUUGCUUUUUUCUAUAAAACCAACCCAUAAGCCUUUAACCUUUAAAGAAAAUGAAAAAGGUUAGUGUUUGGGGGGGGAAACUGACCUCUUCAUAAGCCGGUAUGUCUGAGCUGAGUAUGUUUUAAUAAACCUUCUGAUUUUUCUCGA